GCGCGCCCAACCGUCGCGCGCCUGCGCUCUCGCGCCUCAGCCUUGCCUCGUGCUCUUGGCUGAGGCGUCGUCGCCACCAUGGCCCCGGCCCUGCCCCAAAAACUGCUGCGCUACGUCCUGAGCGACGAUUUUCGGAGCUACCUGAUGAGCACCCACUUCUGGGGGCCCGUCUUCAACUGGGGGCUCCCCAUCGCCGCCUUCAACGACAUGAAGAAGUCGCCCGAAAUCAUCAGCGGCCGCAUGACCACGGCGCUCUUCUUCUACUCCCUGGCCUUCAUGAGGUUCGCCUACAUGGUCCAGCCUCGCAACUGGCUACUGUUUGGCUGCCACUCUGCCAACGUGGUCGCCCAGGCCAUCCAGGGAGGGCGGCUUCUCGACUACAGGAGGCAGCAGGCCCGCUCCGCCGGCGGGACCUAAAGGACCAGGCCGCAGAAUGCCAAACUGGCUUGCCACCUGAUGGGCCCUGGCACAUUUUGGGGUACACCGGCCAAGAACACCCCAACCGCCCUGCGAUCCUUGAACAGUUCCUUUUUCAUUAAAAAACAAAAUCCUCUUUCAA